ACAGUAGCGCGAGCCGCGAGAAGAGAUUCCUCUUACCGGGCGCGGGUAGGGCUCCGAUAGGAAGCUACCAUGGCGGCGGCUGAGGGCGAGACAGCGGCGGCGCUGCGGGCGGAGGUCGCCGCGCUGCGGAUGCGCGUGCAGGAGUUGGAGAGGGAGAACCAGAGGCUGGCCAAGGUUGCUUCGAGCUGUACCUGCGGAUUCAAGGAGGAAAAUGUUGGGUCUGUUGCAGUUGCCAGUUCAUGUUUAAAUGGAAGUGAUCCAGAAGCACGGCAUAAUGAGAAAUUCCAUCAAAGUAGUGCUUUGGAAAAAGAUUUGAGCCCUCCAUUUGAUCACACAGUAAUAUCUACUGAAAAUGAAAUACAGUGCAACAGAAAUGCGGAAGGCAAUGGUUUGCCUGACGAUUCAAGCAAACGUACUAAAAGAACAGGUCACCAGGUCGCGAUUUUAAGUCACUGCCCAAAGCGACUUGUUGCUCUCAAAGUCAUGUACUUCGGCCAGAGAUUCUAUGGCUUUUCUUCAGAAGGUAACAUGGAGCCAACAGUUGAGUCUGAGAUUUUUAAAGCAUUGGAAAGAGCAAAACUUAUGGUUGCCAGUAGAAAAGAAUCGUGUUAUUCGAGGUGUGGAAGAACUGACAAAGGAGUUUCUGCCUCUGGACAGGUGAUUUCCUUAUAUCUGCGAUCGAACAUAAAGGAUGUUGGAGAGGACAUGCUAGACGAAAGAUCCGAAAUUGAUUAUGUGAAGGUAUUGAAUAGAAUUCUUCCCCGAGAUAUACGUGUACUAGGUUGGUGUCCUGUUCCAGCAGAUUUUCAUGCAAGAUUCACCUGUUUGGGCAGGGAAUACAAAUACUUAUUUUGGAGGGGGGACUUGGAUAUAUUGGAAAUGCAGAAAGCUGCAUCCAAAUUUAUUGGAGAACAUGACUUCAGGAAUUUCUGUAAGAUGGAUGCAGCAAAUGUGAGUAACUACAAGCGGCGCAUUACAGAAUUUACUAUUUCUUCAUGUGACAAAAGGUCCUACAAUGAUGAGCUGUGCUCCAUGACGAUCAAGGGUACUGCUUUUCUGUGGCAUCAAGUUCGCUGCAUGGUAGCUGUGCUAUUUCUAAUAGGUCAAGGCCUUGAGUCACCAUCUGUAGUUGAUUCACUAUUGGAUAUUACUAAAACUCCUAGGAAACCUCAGUAUAAAAUGGCAGCUGAGCUUCCAUUGAUUUUGCGAUCCUGUCAAUUUGAUAAAGCCGACUUUAUGUGUUCAUCAGAUGUGAGUCAGUCUCUGACUGAGCACUUGAAUGAUGAAUAUCAUCAUUAUAUGCUCCAAGCUGAAAUAUUUCACGAGGCGUUGUCCUGUUUACCUUGUCCAGAAUCUAAUCCACUGGAAACACUACAGAAGAAGAGGAAUCAUAUUCCUCUCCUAUCACGACAAACAGAGCCCUCUUACGAGGAGCGUAUAGCAAAAGUCAAAACAAAGCAGACAAAUAUUCUCUAGCAGAGUGUCCGCCUUGAAUAGGAACAUCUAUACUUUGAAGAGAACGGAUGGAACUGUAGAAGCUCAGUCCUUAUAGUGCAGAUUCUACCACAACUGCAACCAACAGUUUGAUGGCAGCGAAUUGGAUCUGUUUCACAUUCGGGGAUGGACAGUAGCAGAGAUCAAGAACGAGCGGAUUUCAUCAGUUUAAGACGGUUUUACCAGCGGUUGCUGCCUAUUCCAGUCAUUGGACAGUAGUCGGCAAUCAGAAUGUAGAGCAUAACAGAUGAGUAGAUCGCUCCCUUACUUUUGGGGACGUGUCGUGUUGUGUGCUUCAUGGAGCAUAAGUAUCUUGUAUUCUGAAUCUGUUGUAAAUUAGUAUAGAGAUGUAGAGAUCAUGUAACGUUAUUCUCACAUGCUGCUGUACCAAAACUGUAACAAGCAUCCCUUGCAAAAAAUAAUUAAACAAGACAUGUAAGAGAUAUCCCGAAGGAGUGCUGGAUCUCAGCUGGAUCAGGUUUGGAUUGAGCAACGCUGCUAUGCAUGCGAAGUUUA